AUGCUGUUAGUUGGAAAUAAUGUCGAGGAAGAAACCGAACGUGAAGUUUCACGCGAGGAAGGUCUCCAGAUGGCAACAAGAUUGGGAUGCGAGUUCAUCGAAGCAUCAACAAAGACAUCCGCUCUGAAAAAAGCAAAUCUUGAUCCAAAUAAGGUUGACGAGGUAUUCUUUGGGAAUGUUUUAUCGGCCAAUCUAGCCCUGGGUGCGGGACUCCCAGAUACCGUGAUCUCAACGACCGUCAAUAAAGUUUGUGCAUCGGCCAUGAAAGCCGUUAUAUUGGGUGCCCAAACGAUUAUCACCGGUCACGCUGAUAUUGUGGUCGCCGGCGGCUGCGAAUCUAUGACCAACACUCCAUAUUACGCUCCCAAAGCUAGGUUCGGGACUAAAUACGGAGAUCAAACGCUUGUGGAUGGAAUAAUCAAGGACGGUCUCACCGACGUGUACAAUAAUUAUCUCAUGGGCUUUGCUGCCGAGGAAUGUGCGACCGAGUUUAAUAUUAGCCGCGAGGAACAAGAUGACUUUGCCAUCUCUUCGUACCAACGCGCUCAAGCGGCGAAUGCCGAAGGAUAUUACGCUGAUGAAAUCACGCCCAUCACUGUUCCCGGAGGUCGCGGAAAGCCCGAAAAAGUUAUCACGCAAGACGACGAAGUCUCCAAUCUCAACACCGAGAAGCUAAGAACCGUGCGCCCCGUUUUCAAGCCCGAGAACGGAACUGUCACCGCUCCCAACUCAUCCCCACUGAGUGAUGGUGCCGCGGCCAUCAUUCUGAUGAGUGAAGAAAGGAUGCACGAAUUGGGAAUCAAGCCCAUUGCAAAAAUCUCGGGAUGGGCGGAUGCUGCUCAGACUCCAUCUAAAUUUACCACCGCUCCAUCUCUCGCCAUUCCCAAGGCGCUAAAAAAUGCCGGAAACAUGUCGAUUUCUCAGGUCGAUUAUUUUGAAAUCAACGAGGCCUUUGCGGUGGUCGGGAUCGCCAACACAAAGUUGCUUGGGCUGCCCAGCGAGAAGGUGAAUGUGUUCGGAGGGGCGGUGGCCAUGGGGCACCCAUUGGGAUGUUCAGGAGCAAGAAUCAUUUGUACACUAAUCAAUGUGCUGAUGAAAAAGAAUGGAAAGGUGGGCGUAGCAGGUGUUUGCAAUGGAGGUGGUGGAGCCAGUGCAAUGGUGAUUUCCCUUGUGAAAUAA